AUGGACCGGUCGUAUUUGGAUGUGAACGAGCCGUACGUGAACGAGGCGCCUAUCCAGGAAAUGUUUUUACACUCGUUUUUACCGUUCUCCACCACGGCUAUAAACAAAGGCGACGAGAUACGUAUCCCUAUACAGAACAGAGACGCCGUCACACUGCCUAGCGAGAGUUUUAUCUACGUCGAGGGCAAAUUGAUAAAACCAGCCGAUUUGUUGACCGAAGUCACGUUCAGUCAGAACGGUUUGAUUAAUUUGUUUAACGAAAUCAAAUAUGAAAUUAACUCCGUGGAAAUACAACGCGUUAAACGGCCGGGUGUGAGCAGCUCGUUGAAAGGUUACUGUUCUUAUACGCCCGAGGACGUAAACUGUUUGCAAAACGCUAUUUGGGACGGUGAGGAUUCGAAUAGAAAAUUUAUAAAAGACGGCUCGUUUACCGGAUGUAUCCCGCUAAAACACGUUCUGGGAUUUGCCGAAGAUUAUAAUAAAGUUUUGAUAAAUUGCUCGCAACAAUUGAUUUUGAACCGGGCGACAGACGAUCUGGGAUCGUUGACGUUUUUCUUGAAAGGUAAUGAAGUUUUGAGCGAUGUGAUCGUCCAAGCCAAAGUGAAAAAAAUCAAAAUAGAACUGACGAAAGUCAUGUGGAAGGUGCCCGUGGUCAAGGUCAAUGACAGAGAGAAAAAUUGGGAACUAUGCGAAUAUCCUAAUAUACCGCAGACGAGAAAACGCUCGUGGAUGGUGAAAACCUGUUCGCGUGUAGAGAAACCACGAUGUUUGAUAAUCGCUUUUCUGUGCAAAGACUCCAGUCAUAUGGCCGAGGAAUUCGCAUCAGACUUUGACGCGUGUUCACUGACCAACGUGAAAGCGUAA